AUGGGGUUCGAACUGAGACAGCUCUGGAGUGCCCCGGAGAUCAACCCUAUCAACAGGAAGGCGAAGUCCAUUCCUAUCUUCAACCCUGUCGACAAGUAUGGAAGAGUGUUCUUCUUCUCGUACCUUGGAUUCUUCAUCGCAUUCUGGUCCUGGUACGCCUUUCCUCCACUGCUCUCCGUCACAAUCAAGAAAGAUAUGCAUCUUUCGCAAAACGAAGUAGCCAAUUCAAACAUCAUCUCGCUGGCGGCUACGCUCGUGAUGCGUGCAGUCGCUGGUCCUCUGUGUGACAGAUUUGGGCCGCGCUAUACCUUCGUUGGCUGCUUGUUACUUGGUGCCAUUCCAUCGGCUCUAGCUGGUACAGCACAUAACGCUGCUGGUCUAUACGCCAUUCGCUUCUUUGUUGGCAUUCUCGGUAGCACGUUCGUCCCUUGCCAAGUAUGGACUACUGGCUUCUUCGAUCGCAACGUUGUCGGUACGGCAAAUGCGUUGGUCGGCGGCUGGGGUAACUCCGGCGGUGGUAUCACCUACUUUGUGAUGCCCGCCAUCUACGACUCAUUAGUACAUAAGCGCGGCUUGACUCCGCAUGUUGCCUGGCGCGUGUCUUUUAUCGUGCCUUUCAUCCUCAUCACUACCGUCGCUAUUGCGAUGCUUCUGCUUUGCGAGGACACACCCACGGGCAAGUGGUCUGACAGAGAAAAGGCCAUUCCUGCUGAGCAGCACCACACUGCCAUCGUUUCGACGACAGGCAAUCUCACAGAUAAGGCCACCGAAGGCUCUAUCUCAUCUGGUGAUGACAAGGAGAAGAAGACCUCAGCUGGCGCUGACGUUGAAGCCAACACUGGUGUCGGACAAAGCGUUGAUGCCAUAGACGCAGCCCACGCCGAGAUCGUGGUCAAGCCCUCUGGAAAAGAGGCUCUCAAGGUCCUCUGCUCCCUCCAGACCGUUACUCUGUGCGCUGCCUACGUCUGCUCCUUUGGUGGAGAGCUCGCGAUUAACUCUAUCCUCGGCUCCUACUAUCUCAAGAACUUCGCAUACCUCGGACAGACGACAUCCGGUCGUUGGGCCGCCAUGUUUGGUCUUCUCAACAUCAUCACCCGCCCCGCUGGAGGUUUCAUCGGCGACCUGGUAUUCAAGUGGUCCGGCCACAACCUGUGGGCAAAGAAGUUUUGGAUCCAUUUCGUGGGUGUCAUGUCCGGUAUUUUCUUGAUCGUUAUUGGGAAGCUCGACCCCAAGGAGCUUGACACUAUGAUCGGUCUCAUCGCGCUGAUGGCAAUUUUCUUGGAGGCGGGUAACGGUGCGAACUUUGCUCUUGUGCCACAUGUGCAUCCUCAUGCCAACGGUAUUGUCUCUGGUCUCGUUGGCGCAAGUGGUAAUCUAGGUGGCAUCAUUUUCGCCAUCAUCUUCCGCUACAACGGCACGCACUAUGCCCGUGUGUUCUGGAUCAUGGGAUGUAUCAUCAUUGCUUUGAACGUUGUCUUCGCGUGGGUCCCUCCGAUUUCGAAGGCUCAGCGCAUGCGAGGCGUGGGGUUGUAG